AGCAAUGAAGGUUUAUAAUUAUUUUAGUCGCGAAUUACUGCAUAAAGGUUGCAGAUUUACAUAGCGACUAAAGAAACGAAGAAUUGUUAUUUUUAGUAACCUUCUCUACAUAAUUCACCACUAUGUAACGAUAAUGCAUGAAUUCUUGUUUUUAGGCUUUCCAAUCAAAACAGUGCUGACAAUUUGUAUCGCGCCAAUCGCCCACAUAAGUAUUACUCGCCGGCCGAGAGAUUUCUGGGUGGCAUCCACAAAUUCUCGAAGGAUUGCCGUGUGGUUCAAGGUGUCAGGAUAUUUUAUCUACGGACGAGCCAGACGAGACAUAGAAGUUGUAGGUAGGGUUGGAUUUUGCAUCCUUCUGAAUCUAGGGCUUAUCAUUGUUGCCCCUGGCUCGGGGUGAUUAAUGUGCCGUCGAACAUUCCAUACCAUGUGGACGUCAGGGAUCUAGACGUUGGCCCCCAUAUUCUCCAACUUCCUUUCCGUGCCGAAACAUGAAUCCCCUAUAUUUCGC